CUGGUCGAUGGCCUGAAACCAGGUCAGAGGAAGGUUUUGUUCACUUGCUUCAAAAGAAACGACAAGCGAGAGGUAAAAGUUGCCCAGCUGGCGGGAUCAGUGGCUGAGAUGUCUUCUUACCACCAUGGAGAGGCCUCACUGAUGAUGACCAUUAUCAAUCUGGCUCAAAAUUUUGUGGGCAGCAACAACCUUAACCUCCUUCAGCCCAUUGGCCAGUUUGGCACCAGACUGCAUGGGGGGAAAGACUCUGCCAGCCCCCGUUACAUCUUUACAAUGCUCAGUCCUUUGGCACGAUUGGCUUUUCCUGCAGUGGAUGACAGUGUGCUGAAAUUUCUAUAUGACGACAACCAACGGGUAGAACCUGAAUGGUAUAUCCCAAUCAUUCCCAUGGUCCUAAUCAAUGGGGCAGAAGGCAUUGGAACUGGCUGGUCAUGCAAGAUUCCCAACUACGAUAUCCGAGAAGUGGUGAAUAACAUUUGUCGCAUGCUGGAUGGAGAAGAGCCUCUACCAAUG